CUCCGUGGGUGUGGCAGUCCUGCUCCAAUCGUGUUUGUUGGGUGUACCGCAACGCCAUUUUCUGCGAUAUUUAUUAACUUAUUACCGUUUUUAACUAAACAAUUGGUGUUGUGUAUGUAGAGAUAUGUGUGGCAACAUUUUCACCCAUCAAUGAGUGUCUCAAACCAUGCGGAGGUAAGAAACCAGUGGAAAUCCCGACGACGUUAUCAAGGGGCCGGUGAACAGUAAACAACCAUGCCUCUACCGAAGAGGGUGAUCGAACCGGUCCACGUUGCCAGAGGGACACUUCCGGAUGAUUUCCCUCUGGUGUCUGAAUUAGAAGCCGUCACUAAUGGAACUUUGGCAAACACAGUGCGUCAACUUUCCUCUCUUUCAAAACAUGCCGAAGAUUUAUUCGGAGAGUUGGCCCGAGACGCCCAACAGCUCUAUGACAGAUCGAAUUCACUCCAAGCGAGAAUCGACAGACUCGCUAUCAAAGUCACACAAUUGGACAGCACCGUCGAGGAAGUUUCCUUGCAAGAUAUUCACAUGAGGAAGGCGUUCAAGAGCACAGUGGCUUUCGAUCAACAAAUAUUCUCUCGUGCGACUAUGCCAACAGCCAUGUUGGAAACAUAUCAUUCCUGUGACAAACCGCCCCCACUUCACAAACUCAACUGUUARCGUGACGACGGCAAYGACGGUUUGAAAUUCUACACCGAUCCGAACUACUUCUUCGAAUUGUGGCGUCAAGAGAUGCUCAACGACACCGAACGCAUGAUGCACGACCGCGGGAAGAAACCUCACCGACCGCGAACCGAAGGGGGCCAAGGAAACCGCCACAAAAAACGCGUCCGUCAACCGCACAACACCCGAGAAAGACAAAAGCAAAUCGCCAUGGGUCACGGCGAGUACAUCAUGCCGCAACAAAACACCAUUUACCGCACUCCACAACCCAUAAUCCAGCAACAACAACAAACAAUGUUACCAACCUCGGAAGAUAUCGAACCACGACCACCCAGACCGAAUUCGAUCGAAAUCAGACGGUCGUACCAACAAGAAACAACCGACGGCCUCCAUUCUCCCACUUAUCCCCCUUACGAAGAAUACGGCCAAGGCCCACUCAGUUCCGAAUCAUUAUACCAAGGCGGAACGCCCACUCGUGGCGGGAAAGUCCGCCCAAGUCAACCUCCGCCUGCGCCUCCUAGCAACACCAGCACGCCCUCGUCCAAUACGCCGACACGAGGGCGGAGCAUGUCUGGCAGAGACAACCUCCCGCCACCGCCUCCACCACCCGACACAACCAUGUCACCGCCUAACGGCAUUCCCGCACAUCUCGCCAACCAAUCGCGGUCGAACAGUCCGCAUCAAGCUACGUCUCCUGAACCAGUGCAAGAUUUACCACCCCCACCACCAGUACCCAAACAGGCGUCGCCUCCCAAACAGCAGACUCCUCAAGCUCCGCCUCCGCCGCCGCCUCCACCAAUGCCGCUGUUGAACGGCCCGACGACAAGUCCACCAUUGGUCAAUGGAGAUUUGGCGAAAAUUAUAAACAGUGCGUCGCCGCCGCAAUUGACACCUGUCAAAGAUCGACCGAAGCAAGCACCACCUAUAGUCGAUCCAAGGAAUGAUUUACUCAAAGCGAUCAGAGACGGAAUUAAAUUGAGGAAAGUGGAGAAAAUUGAGCAGAAGGAAGUGGAGAGAGGAAACGGUUUUCACGAUGUGGCGAGUAUUUUGGCGCGGAGAGUCGCAGUUGAGUUUAGCGAUUCGGAUUCAGGGAGCGAUUCGGAAUGUGAUAGCGAGGGAUGGGGGGAGAAUGAGACGUCAGCGUGACAUAGAAGAAAGGCUAGCACGGCUAGUCAAGUGUAUUGAUGAUGGAACAACGAAUUUUUUCAAAUUUUUUAACGAGCAAACUUGUAUAUAAGCAAUAUGCCAAAUUUCCAGUAUUAUCAAGUGUCGAGGUAUUGGAUAUCCCGCAUUGCAUGAAUAAGCUUAAAUUAGUUACAAACACGUGGCACGAUUUGGUUCAGAGUUGGUUGGAUAUUGACUUUUCCAUUGGAUUGAGAUGUAAAUAUUGUAAUGAACGUUUUAUUUAUAAAUUAAGUUGUAUAGAGAAUUAUUUAACUCGUACUAUCCUAAUACUCCCUUUUUAAUAUUUUAACUAAUUAUCUUCAGGAAGUCUUUGUAAAAUAUUUAAUGGGUAAAUAAACAUUAUGUCAAUGAA